GGAGCACCUGCGGAUCUGCCCGCAAGGCUACACGUGCUGCACCAGCGAGAUGGAGGAGAACUUCGCAAACAAAAGCCGCAGCGAGUUCGAAGCCAUGACGAAGGAAGCAGGUCGCUCCGUGCAGAUGAUCCUAACAGCUCAGCACAGAAGCUUUGAUGGUUAUUUCCAGGAUUUGCUGAACAAAUCGGAAAAGGCCCUUUAUGAGGCUUUCCCAACCAUGUAUGGGGAAUUGUACAUGCAAAACAUGAAGGUCUUCAAGGAUUUGUACAGUGAGCUCCGCCGCUACUACAGGGGCUCCAACAUCAACUUGGAAGAGGCCCUCAAUGAGUUCUGGACGCGCUUGCUGGAGCGGCUCUUCAAGCUGAUGAAUCCCCAGUACCACAUCACGGAUGAGUACCUGGACUGCAUGGUGAAGCAUGCGGAGCAGCACAAACCCUUCGGGGAGGUCCCCAGGGACCUGAAGGUGAAGGCCACCCGAGCCUUCAUUGCAGCGCGCUCCUACGCCCAGGGCUUUCUUGUGGGCAGCGACGUGGUCAGAAAGGUCUCUCAGGUCUCGCUCAGCCAUGAGUGCACCCGUGCCGUCAUGAAGCUGAUGUACUGUCCCCACUGCCGGGGCAUGUCCAGCGUGAAGCCAUGCAACAACUACUGCCUCAACGUUGUCAAGGGCUGCCUGGCCAACCAAGCAGACUUGAACACCGAGUGGAAGUACCUGAUGGAUUCUCUGAUAGUGGUGGCUGAUCGCAUCGAUGGACCRUACAAUGUAGACACUGUAAUAGGAACUAUUCACAUGAGGAUUGCUGAAGCUAUUUCUAACUUGCAAGAAAACAAAGACUCAAUCACAGCCAAGGUUUUCCAAGGCUGUGGAAAUCCCAAAAUCAAUACAAAAGGCUCCAGUAGUGAAGAUAAGAAAAGACGGGGGAAGGUCACGUUAGAAGCAAAAUCCUCUGCGCAAGCGCUGGAGAUGCUGGUUUUAGAUGCCAAAGGGAACCUGACAAGUCUCAAGUCUUACUGGGUCACCUUGCCCAACGUGCUGUGCAGCAAGAAGGUGACGGCCGGCUCGGGAGCAGACGACAAGUGCUGGAACGGGAUGACCAAGGGCAGUUACCUGCCCGAGGUGAUGGGGGACGGCCUGGCCAACCAGAUUAACAACCCAGAGGUGGAGGUGGACAUCACCAAGCCGGAUAUGACCAUUCGCCAGCAGAUCAUGCAGCUGAAGAUCAUGACGAACCGCCUGGGCAACGCCAACAUCGGGAACGAUGUGGACUUCCAAGACGCGAGUGACGACACGAGCGGCUCCGGCAGCGGCGACGCCUGUCCCGACGACGUGUGCGGCAAGAGACUCGCUAAGAGCCCCAGCACCAGGCCGCCCGAGACGCACGCCAUCCCCAAGCAGUCGGGACACGGYGUCAGCGGCGCCAGCAGCAGAUCGUUGCCUUCCGCCUUCCUCCUCCUCCUCCUCCUCUCGGUGGCUCUCCUGGCCACGCAGCGCUUGUGGCGGUAACUCACUGGCACAGCCGGGAAAGAGACUGCGGCCGAGGGCGUCACUUUGCCAAAACCAACCACCCGACCGACCGACCGACAAAAAGGACAUAUGUAAUUCUCCUUGGCAAAAAAAAAAGAAAAAGGAAAAAGGAAAAAAAAAAAAGGAAAAGAAAAAAAGAAAGGAGGGAGGAGAAAAAGGUUUCAGUUGUUUGCUAGUUCUGACAGCGCUCGGGCUGUUUUCUUCUUUCUUGGUCUCUUCCCCCGUGCUGGGCCCUCYUUUCCAUACCUCACUGCUUUACUCUUGGCGUUGCCCCGGGUGGGCUGCAGCGAGGCGUCCCGGGGCCGCCGUUCCCGCCUGCAGCGGGAUCCGCCGUUCCCGACCCCGCACCGCGCCUGGGGGCCGGCAACCCCGCGCUCCGCACCGCGCUGCAGCGCGUGGAGAGACCGCGCCGGUCAGCGCCGCGGCCGGGGAGGCUCUGCGCCACCCUCCGCCUUUCGUGCGCACGCAGAGAUGCUCCUUCCCCUCCACCCUUGGCCGUGGCGGCUCUGAGCGGUUUUGGUGGGUCCUAGCGGCCGGUUUGGCAGUGGCUGUUGGACCCCGGGGUGCCGAAGGCGCCGUUUCUUUGGCAAGGCCACAAGUGGGUGUCUUGACUAGAGCUCGUAGCUGAUGGCAGUGUCCAGCGUAGGUCUCCUACAUCUAAGUGACUGGGAGUGAGUGUUAGGGGUGGGGUUGGGGGGGGUGUUUCUUUGCAUGCUAGUUGGAAAGCCAUUUUUUUAACCCGAGUUAAGGAGAAGACCCAGUUUCUACCUGCAGUGCAGUACCGUGGUAGGGAAGCGAGAGAGAGGAACACGCGGAGCUGGAGGCUGCGCGGGACGGACGGACAGAUGGACGGGGCCGCCCRGCACGGCCCCGGUCUGGGUAAUGAGGAAGAGGGGCAGAGGGGCCGGUGCUUCGCAGCCCUCCACGGUGUCUGUGCCCAGGGGAUGGCCCCACAGGUAGCGCCCAUGGGGGACGGGAAGGGGGGUGUUGGGGGUAUUUUUCUUUCGGUGUCUGUUUUUCUCGUUGAAUCAUGUUUUUUGGAGUGAAUUCCUGCUUUCCCUCCCCGUCCUGCCACGCGCUCCUCCCUGCGGAGGGGACAGCACAAGGAACCACAGUCCCGUGCCAGGCCGGGCAAGGACGGCGGCAGCUCCUCAGCCCAGGCGGGUACCACCGGCCGGCUGUCACUGAGCKGUUGUUCCCAUCAUGGUGACACCCGUGCAGCCUGUCCGGGCUGUGCGCCUCUUCCAGCAGGUUAAAACAGAGCUAAUUUAGUGGGGCUUCAAAAACAGGAGCCCCCAAAUCCUUCCACAACAAGGACAGUCCCAAGACCCACCAAAGCCCAGAGGCAGAGAUAUGCAGCACAGGGUGUAGAUGGACUUAUUUACUUCUACAUAUAUGUCAAGUUCCACAUUCMUUUUACUACUCUAAACAAAUACUGUUUUUGCGGGGGGAACAGGAUUGCCAAUAAAAGGAUUAGCCUUCAGUUGCAUAAAUUCCUACUACCAAUCUUGCAGAGAUCCUGCAAAUGCAAGAGAGGACAGGGCAUUAAAAAUUGCACCCUCUGCAAAAUAAAAAAGGGAAUGGGAGGUUUGAAGACUUUAUAGGAACGAAUCCCARGGUCCAUGUUUCACUUUAUGGGACGAUUGGGAAGUUUUGCUSUUUCCUUUUGCCUGCAGCGAGUUGGCUGCCAGCCUGUGACACUCCAGGUAGCCUGUGGGCGCAAAGGGGCCCGUGUUGAACGCGAAGCCGGGAACGUGGUGUUGGCCCAGCUCACGUUUUAGCUGUUUCCUAUUCCCAUUACAGGUCCUUUCGCAAUAAUAUAACCUCGCAGCCCACUUUGCUGCGGAAAAGCCUUGAGAAACAGUCCGUGUGCAGCAGAAACGCUCCCCGAUACUGGCCUGUUUUGCCAGCUUCUUGCUCACACUUCUGAUGUGUUGCAAAAAUGGGGGCCUGCAGGAAGCUGU